UGAGAGAGCUAGACGGGGUGAAGGUGAGAGAGAGCGCGUGCUCUCAUUGGUAAACGCAGUUUCUCCCUCGCGCACCUUCUCAGCAGUAGCCGAGCGCGCGUGCUGUAUUUGUGCCUAAGCAGCGUGACCCGUGACAUCACUGAAGAAUAAAGAAGAAAGACAGAAAGAAGAAGCAUGCUCCUGUCGCUGUUCAAGUCGAUUUGGGGAUCGAAGAAUGGACUUAUUCUCUUCUGCACUCCGUUUCUUCUCCUGCCCUUACCCCUGGUCAUCGGAACACGGGAAGCUCGCUGUGCCUAUGUUAUUGGGCUGAUGGCGGUGUACUGGUGUACCGAGGUUCUGCCUUUGGCUGUUACGUCUCUCUUACCCGUUGUGCUCUUCCCUCUGUUUGGCAUCAUGGACUCUAAAGAUGUUUGCAUGCAGUACCUGAAGGACACAAAUAUGCUGUUUUUGGGUGGUCUGAUGGUAGCCGUCGCUGUAGAGGACUGGAGUUUGCACAAACGCAUUGCACUACGAGUUCUGCUCAUCGUUGGGGUGCGACCCGCCCUGCUGAUGUUAGGUUUUAUGAGCGUGACGGCAUUCCUCUCCAUGUGGAUCAGUAACACCGCCACUACGGCCAUGAUGGUGCCCAUAGUGCAGGCGGUGCUGGAGCAGCUCAACAACACGGCGGGAGAAGAGGAAGCUGGAGCUCCUUCAGAACGUCAGGACAAACUGCCCGAGAAACAGGUUGACGGCCAUGUGCUUGAGAAUGGCCUCAGGUUUUCCACAGAAAACACAACGGAACAGUGUAAUGAAUCCAAAGAGAAGCUGAGAAUGUGUAAGGGCAUGUUGCUGUGUGUGUGUUACGCUGCUAGCAUUGGUGGAACCGCAACACUUACAGGCACCGGACCCAAUCUGGUCCUCACAGGACAAAUGAGCGAGCUCUUCCCAAAGAACCCAGAUGUUGUAAACUUUGCCUCCUGGUUCGGGUUCGCCUUCCCUAACAUGAUUAUUAUGCUCUUGGCAGCCUGGCUAUGGUUGCAGCUUGUGUUCCUGGGCUUCAAUCUCAGAAAAACGUGGGGUUGUGGCACAGUGAAGACGGAGAAAGAGAUUGCUGCAUAUAACGUGAUCCGUGAGGAGCAUCGCAGCCUUGGGCCCAUGUCCUUUGGAGAAAUAAGCGUUUUAACUCUCUUCUGCCUGCUAGUGGUUCUAUGGUUCACACGCGACCCGGGCUUUGUGGACGGCUGGGCAACGCACCUUUUCAACGCUGAGAAAGAGUACGUGACAGACGCCACAGUGGCAGUGUUUAUCGCCGCUCUUCUCUUCGUCCUUCCUGCUAAGCCGCCCUGCCUGUUCUACUGGAGGUCACAGAGCUUCGACACAGUUCCCCAGUCCAACAGCGAACCUCGGACGGCUUUGCUGACCUGGCAGGUGGUGCAGAAGAAGAUGCCGUGGAGUAUAAUACUGCUGCUCGGAGGAGGUUUUGCCCUGGCUAAGGGCAGUGAGGAUUCAGGUUUAUCCAGAUGGCUCGGGGAACAGAUGACUCCACUCCAGAAUAUUCCUCCGUGGGCUAUUGCUAUUAUCGUGUGCCUGAUGAUAGCCACCUUCACUGAAUGCACCAGCAAUGUAGCCACGGCAACCCUGUUUCUGCCCAUCCUCGCCUCUAUGUCCCAGUCCAUAGGCAUGAACCCGCUGUAUGUGAUGAUUCCCUGCACCCUCAGUGCCUCCUUCGCCUUCAUGCUUCCAGUGGCGACUCCUCCGAAUGCCAUCGUUUUCUCUUACGGGUAUCUGAAAGUGUCUGACAUGGCCAAAACAGGGAUUGUCAUGAACAUCAUCGGGAUCCUGUCCAUUACUCUGGCGAUUAACAGCUGGGGAAGAGCCUUGUUCAGUUUAGACUCGUUUCCCAGUUGGGUGAACAGCACAGGGGUCUGAAGGAUUGAACGCCGGCGUGCAAGAUAAACAUAUCCCAUGCAUCAAUCAUCCUCAUCAUCUUCCACGAUACUUGACGGUGACGCAGAUAUCACAGCAGCGACGGGUUCAUCCGGAUGCCUCGAGGCACUUACACUGUGACUUAUAAUGUCUUUGAAAGAAACAAACUGUAAUAUACAAAUCAGUGUACAGCAGUGACAUGUAGAUUGUGUUUAUUUUUAUAAAUCUUAUCCAGGACAGUGAGAGACGUCUGGAAUCAGAUUUGUAUAAGAUUUCUAAAAUUUUUUUUUUAUUUAUCUGUAUACAUGUAAAGGCUAUUAUUAUAUUACUACUCAGAUUGUUAGAAACAUGGCACAAAAUUUUCACAUUUUCACAAUCAGAUUUAUUAAUGAGAUUAUAGUUAACAGAGUGUGUGAUUACUAAACUUAUUUCUAUAUUUUUUUAAUGAACUUCAAGCUUUAAAUACAGUUCUAUUGGCAGACAUUUCUGAUUUAAUUUUUUAUUUUUUUUUUUAAAGCAAAACGAUCUGCCAGUAGAACAAGAAUGUAUAAAUAAAUAAAUAAAUAAAAACAUGCUGAUUUUUUAAUAAUUAUUUAUUUGAAAAUUAUUGUUAAAUGUUAAAAUGAUAAUUUUUUAAAAGUAUUAAUACACAAUAUAAAUUAGUUAUUACUAAUUCAUUGCAUAAUAAUGAUAAUCAUUGUUUAAAAAAUAUUAAGAAUAUUAAUUUAUAAUAUUAUAAAUAACAAUUGAUUGUUAUUGUUAUUAUUAUAAGGAAAAAAAAUAAGAGAAAAAUAAGAUAUUUUCACUUGUUGAAGAUGUUAUUUUUUGUAUUUUUUUAAGCAAUAUUUGAUCAUCUUUUGUAAAAGUGCAGUAAUAUCUACAAUGAAUUUUAGAUUUAUUAAUGUAUGGAAGUGAAUGUAUUUGUGUACCACUACAUCCUUGUGUUAAAAGUCAAGCACUUACAGUGACCUCAUAGAGCCAGCAGAGUCACAACCUGUACAUUAAAGUGUUUUAAAUGCCGUAGCCUAAUCACUUUAUAAAACAGAUUGUUCUUAUAUAUUGUAUAUCCUCUUUUGACAAAAAGAUAAAAAUAAACAUUGUAUAAGUUA